AUGGCCACCGAAGAAGUCAUAGUUUUCACGCCUAGAGGACAGAAAUCAUGUCUCAACUGCAAACACCGCAAGAUUGCUUGUGACAGGUUGAUGCCGGUAUGUUCUUCAUGCAAACGGCGAAAGAAGAUCUGCUCCGGCUACGACUAUAAUCUAUCAUGGCCACGUUCUGGCGACAAGCGCCGGGCUGCUACGGCGGCUGUUCCGCCUCAGAAGUACCAGACCGACACUUUCGCAUUCCUAAACACUUCCAGCUGGGACGUCAUGCUCCACUACGAGAACUUUGAUGCAAAAUCUCAAUUGAACAGAGUUGGUGUCUGGACACCACCAUCGCCAGUCCGCUCACCGAAGCUCCCGCGAUUCGGCACUAACAAAUGUCCCAUAUACGAUAAUGAAAUAUCAUCGGCUGUUCGACUCAUUACCUCUCGAGGAGACCUCCGACAAGAUGUAUGUGGCCUUCUGCGCCGUAUGUCGCUCACAGACGAUGGCGUUUCAUCUCUUGCCGUCCGCUACGCCAUGAACGCCAUUUCGUAUCUUUAUCUCAAAAAGGCAGAUGAGGCAACGUUGCAUCAAAUGCACGCUGUUGCGGCCUUGCAAGGCGCCAUUGAUCGUAUCAAAGAUCCCAGGUGUAGAGCUCAAGCUAUCGCUGCAAGCUUGCUCCUAAGUCUGUACGAGGUGCUCUGUCCAAGUGGCAAGACAACCGUCUGGUCCGUACAUUUUGAUGGCUGUAUGACCAUCGUCAAGUCAAGCUAUCAAGACCGUCGAGAGAUUGAAGGGGAACACGCGGUUCUCUUGGACUGGGUAUUUUACCACAGUGUACUCUAUAAAUUCAGUCUGCAACACUGGCAGCAACGCACCCCACAAAUGGCAGCCAUUGCCCAGCGAGACAUGUUCAUCGCCCAGAUUGUCUCUUAUGAUCAUUUUGGCACAAUUCACAGCACCCUAGGCUGCUCACUCGAGCUUCUAGAAUUCCUUAGCCAGGCUAUUGACCUCGUAAACAACCGAGACAAUUCGAAGCGCAGUUCACAUGCAAUCUACGACCUCGAAAGUAAGAUCAGAGACAUCAAUCAGCAUCCAUGCGUUGGAAUAGACAGAGAAGAUUACCACGUCUCCGGAAGUAGGAAGCGCUACGUCACGAUUGCUCGCAUGUACCAACUUGCGGUCCUCAUCUACCUUGAUCGAGUGGUCCGCGGGUCGGCUGCCGACUCCCGGCUGUCACGUACAAGUGCCGAAGAAGGGUUUGCUCUGUUGCGUGAUCUUGGAUUGUGCGAGAGGCCCUUCAUAAUGGUCAUGCUGGCUUUGCAAGCAGAGGGCGACAGCGACCGGCUAUUAGUUCUUUCAGCGCUGGAAAACGCGAUCAAUGAGAGGCCGCUAAGUAAUCUAACCUCUACGGAGCAUAUCAUUCGAAGCAUCUGGGCGCAACAAGAUCUCCAAGGCAAUGAACAAGCGGAUGCAUCAGCCAUACUGAACACCGUCGUCAGCUCUUAUGAUAUUCCUCCUUCUUUUACUUGA